AUGGCUAUUAAAGUUUAUGGACUUGCUGCAGCAACUUGCACUAAGCGUGUUUUGGCAACAUUGAAGGAAAAACAAUUGGACUACGAAUUGAUUGUUGUUAAUUUGGCUUCUGGAGAACAUAAGCAAGCUCCUUACAUUGAAAAACAACCUUUCGGAGUGAUUCCAGUUCUUGAAGAUGGUGAAUUCACUAUUUAUGAAUCACGUGCUAUCUGUAGAUAUUUGGAAAACAAGUACAAGACCAGUGGAAAUCAACUCAUUCCAACCAAUCCUGAAGAAUUGGGUUUGUUCGAACAAGGUGCUUCUAUUGAAACAUCCUAUUGGGAUCCAAAUGCUUCUGGUAUUAUAUUUGAAAAAUUUUUCAAGGCCUUGAAGGGUUUAGGUGAAGCCGAUGAAGCAAGAGUUAAGGUUGCAAGUGAAAAAUUAGCUCAAUAUUUGGAUGUUUAUGAAAAGAUUUUGAGCAAACAAGAAUAUAUUGGUGGAAAUCAAUUUACUCUUGCUGAUUUGUUCCAUCUUCCUUAUGGAAGUCUCUUGUUCUUGCCUCAAGUUAAUUUUGGUCAUUUGCUAUUGGAACGUCCACAUGUUAAAACUUGGUGGGAAAAGAUUAGUUCUAGACCUGCAUGGCAAGAAGUUGCUCAAUUGCGUUAA